AUUCCGUCUAAGCAUCGAUAAUCCUCCUUUUAUAAAACCCAAUCCACUUUCAAUUUUCUCUAAUCCCAAAUUUCUUCUGUUUACAUUCUUACAAUUGCAAACUCAGGCGCAAUGAAAGGGAUUCACCCAUCAGUUUUCUUAGUAUUGAUUGUGGUGGCAUCAAUAACAGCAGCUGGGAAUUAUAGAGUUGUAGCUCAAACUCCGGCGGCUUUGUGUAUAACUUCUCUAAUAACGUUGUCUCCAUGCACUGGAUAUGUUACAAGCAAUUCCUCUACCACGCCUCCAUCACCCAGCUGUUGCAGUGCUCUCUCUUCUGUAGUGCAGAGCAGCGUAGUGUGUUUGUGCCAGCUGUUCACCUCCAACAAUUUUCUGGGCAUUUCAAUUAAUCAAACAAGGGCUCUCGCCCUCCCAAAGGCCUGCAAUGUCUCCACCCCACCGCUUAGUCGAUGCCAAGGAAUUACUGUUAAUGCUUCAGCUCCUUCUCCAUCUGUUGAUGCUCCAGCUCCUCCUCCAUCUAUUGAUGCUCCAGCUCCUUCUCCAUCUGAGGGAGGUGGAAGUGCUGCUGAUGCACCAACGAGUGAGAGUGUUCCAUCCCCUUCUCCUUCUAUUACACCUUCAACUCCAACUGUUGUGUCUCCCUCAAGUGGUUCACCCUCAGCUAUUCCUCCACCGAAUUCAAAUGGAUCAGGGAUUAGCCCUAAAGGAAAGAAUGAUCCAACCACUAAUGAAGGAGCACAUUUCAUUCCAUCUAUUUUCAUAAAUGUUUUUGUAAUGGUGAUUAUAGAAAAAUUUCUUUUAUAAAGAUAUAGAUAUUUUGUAUUCUAUUGGAGAAGUAUCAUAUUGUACUUUCCUAGUUCCUAUGAAUAACUUUAGUGAAGAAGUUUGAGAUC